AUGCCUGCUACCACCGAUGUCGCUGAUUCAAGGCCCUCCCUCACUAGCCAUCGCCUUGGCGGCUACAUGAAGCGGUUCGAGAAAACAUUGGUCGAGUACAAUAUCGAGGCUCGCGGAAUCCAGCGCGUAGAGGAGAACGAACGGCAAAAACUUAGCUGGGUCGCUUGCCUGCAGGUAUUCUUGCUAUGGGUGUCCAUCAAUCUCGCAGCAAACAAUAUCACGCUGGGCAUGCUGGGUCCAACUGUGUAUGAACUCAGUUUCCGUGAUUCGGCUCUUUGUUCUGUGUUUGGGAUCUUUGUGGGUUCUCUCGCAGCCGCGUGGGCUGCGACAUGGGGUCCUAUCUCGGGAAAUCGAACUCUUGUCUUUGGACGUUACGCGAUGGGAUGGUGGCCGAGCAAGAUUAUCGUCUUACUAAACAUCGUUCAGAUGAUUGGAUACUGUUUGAUAGAUUGUGUGGUUGGCGGUCAGAUCCUAUCUGCUGUAUCCCCGAAUUAUAGCAUGUCUGUUGCAGUUGGUAUUGUUGUCGUUGCUAUUAUCACCUGGUGUAUUGCUACAUUUGGUAUCAAGAUAUUCCAUUUUUACGAACGCUUUGCGUUUCUUCCCCAACUUGUCGUCAUAUGCAUUCUCUUUGGCGUCUCUGCAAACAAAUACGAUCUCGCAGCCCCGUCCGCAGGUGAUAGCUCGACUAUUGCUGGUAACAGGCUCUCAUUCUUCUCGAUCUGUCUUAGCGCAGCCAUCACUUACGCGCCACUUGCCGCGGACUUUUUCGUUUACUACCCACCAAACACUCCCAAAUUCAUCAGCUUUGGACUGACAUUCCUCGGUCUGACCCUGUCGUUCACCAUGACCUUCCUAGUUGGAAUUGGCUUGGCCAGCGGCGUCGCUACCAACACAGCCUACUCAGAUGCCUGGGACGCAGGAGCUGGCGCCCUGAUAGUCGAAGGCUUCAGCCCAGUCAACGGCUUCGGCAAAUUCUGUUCCGUCAUCGUCGCCCUCGGCCUAAUCUCCAACACCAUCCCACCAACAUACUCCUCCGGAAUCGACUUCCAAAUCCUCGGACGCUACGCCGAACUAAUACCGCGUAUUGUCUGGAACACAAUCGGCGUGAUCAUCUACACCGUCUGUGCACUAGCCGGCCAGAGCCAUCUCUCUGAAAUCUUCACCAAUUUCUUAGCCCUAAUGGGCUACUGGGUCGCCAUCUGGCUCGCGAUCCUCCUCGAGGAGAGAUACAUGUUCCGUCGAGCUGGGUAUAACUGGGCAGCAUGGAACGAUCCAAGCAAACUGCCUAUUGGCGCUGCAGCCUUUGUGGCAUUUUUGGUAGGCUGGGCUGGUGCGAUUAUCUGUAUGGCGCAGGUGUGGUAUAUCGGUCCGCUGGCGAAGCUAGUUGGUGAAUAUGGUGGUGAUAUGGGUAACUAUGUCGGGUUUUCCUGGGCAGGUCUGGUGUAUCCCCUGCUGCGAUACAUAGAAUUGCGUUAUGUGGGCCGGUAG